UGAGUGAAAAUGGAAAGUACGAGUUGCUCCAUCAUUUCCUCCAUCAACAUCCACUCAUUCUCACCCAAACAGACACUAACAGUGAAACAUGUAGUGUCUGCCAGAUACUUAUCUUCUCUGGAGAGACGAUCUACAGAUGCAGCGAAAAGUGCGAGCGCGGGAUGUAUCUGCACGAAGAAUGCGCAGAAAUGCCGCGAGAGAUCACUCACGCCCUCCACCCUCAACACUCCCUCAUCCAACAACGAGCUCUAGCGUAUUGGGAUUCCAAUACCACAUGUGCAGUAUGUGGAGGUUGGACUGUAGAGAUUGCGUACACGUGCGACGCAUGCAAGUUCAAUAUCCAUAUAAAGUGCGCGCACAGCAUGGACAUGAUGGGUGAGGCCAGCUUCACCAAACAUCCCAGCCAUCCACAGCAUCACCUAAAGCUGUUGCGUCGGCGGGGCCGUGGCAUCAGGUGCGAUGCUUGCGGAGUCAUACACCCAGGGAAUUCCUAUAUCUGCACCGUUUGCGACUACUGCAUCAACGAGACCUGUGCCACCUUGGGCCCCACCACGAACCGCCUUCUCCACGACCACCCGCUCUCCCUUGCUUACCGUCUUCCACAAGAAUAUAUCGAGUACCGAUUCACGUGUGAUGUGUGUUUCAAGGAUUUUUUGCCUUAUUAUUGGGUCUAUCAUUGUGUGACUUGCAGAUAUGUUGUCCAUAUCAACUGCGCCUUCACACUAUCUCCCCCCAUCAGGAGCAAUAAUGAUGGAGAUGUCCUUGUGUUGCCCACAAAUAACGUAGCGGGAGAUGUGAUCGGAGCUUUUGUUAGGAAAUUAGGAGUAACUGUGAUUUGUAAUGAUAAUGAGUUGGUGAAAGGCAAAUAUAAACUUCAUAAUCCUGAGCAUCAGUUACGUUUAAUCUCGGCAUCAAUGCAUGAUGAUGAAGAAGAAGAAGGAGAAAAUGAUGAUGAUGAUGAUGAUGAAGACGAUGCUGAACUUGAUCCGUGUGGGUCUCAAAUAGUAUGUGAUGGAUGCACCGAUCCAAUUUCAUGGUGGUCAAAUUACAUAAGUUGUGGUGAAUGCAAUUUCUUUCUCCACUUAGCUUGUUUCAAAUUACCAGCGGAGCUCAGCUGUCAUCCGCUCCAUCCCGAACAUGAUCACAUGUUAACCCUUCAAAUGAGUCACAAACUCAGAUCUGUUUACUGCAAGGUCUGUUCGUACAAUACAAAUGGGCUCUUCUAUAGGUGCACACAUUGCAACUUCGAAGCUGAUAUCAAAUGUGUUUCUCUGCCCGACAUCAUCAAACACAGAGCUCACCCACAUCAUCUCAAUCUGUACACUCGAGAGAUGACGAUGGCUCUAACACACAUUGCCCGCUUGUGCAGCGCAUGUGGUGAUAAUCCAUAUUUCUUUCCCUGUUACAGAUGUGAUGUCUGCCAAAUAUCAUUUGAUUUCAAGUGUGUGUUGCUGCCGCUACAAGUGAAUAAUCGCAGAUGGGAUAAGCAUCCGCUGCCGUUGACGUUUGAUGCUACCGCCAACCAUCCCAGUGACUUCUAUUGCGAAGUCUGUGAAACGAAGAUGCAUCCCAGGAGCGGGAUGUAUCACUGCCGAGACUGUGAUGUUUCCAUCCAUCCCACCUGCCUCAAGACAGUGGGGGGCGAGUAUCGGAACUUCAAGUUUGGGCAGCGAUGUGAUGUCGGGGCACUUCACCAACACCCUGUCGUGUGUCAACUAACCAAUAAGUUAGGCUGCAGCAUAUGCGGCGUAAGGAAGGUUUAUGGUACUCCGGGAUUGCAAUGUGCUUCACAGAAUUGUGACUUCUUCAUGUGUGCAGACGACUGUGGUGGAUAUGAAAACUCCAUACACACCAUUGAUUGAGGAAAAUUUACAUGAAAUGGCAUUGGAAUGGUUUUCUCUUCCUCAACAUUACCUUCUUCACCUUUCUUCUUAUUUAUACUAUUCAAGUUUAUUCAUAAUAAUAUUA